GCGUGCGUUAGACAUCAUUAGAUCUUUAUUCUUUCGACAGCUCGCACCGACUACUCAACGCAGACCAUAAUGUCGAAAUUGGUGGUGUUGUUAUGCGCAGUGGCGAUGGCAGCGGCCAAGCCCGGGCUAGUGGCGCCAGUGGCAUACAGCGCGGUGCCGGCAGUCAGCUCGUUGUCGCAGUACAGUUCCAGCGUGUACCACGGCUCACCGCUGUACACCCCCUCACUCUACCAAGCCUCGUACGUUACCCCUGCAUUCGCUGCUCUCACUCAAGCACCCAACUCCCCGGCUGUGGUACUCGACGCCGUCAACGGCGUGCCCCUGGACACCCCCGAGGUUGUCUCCGCUCGUCUUGCCCACUACCAGGCGAAGGCGCUCUCUGGCGUCCACCAUCUCCGCAAGCGUUCCGUCGCACCUCUGACUUACAGCACACUGGUCUCCCCUGUCACCCACGGCGCUGUCGUAUCCCCUGUCGCUCCUCUCACCUACUCCUCUUACUCUCCCUAUGUAUCCGCGUACUCUGCGCCCGCUUUGGUGUCAUCUCCUCUUACUUACUCCGCUGUACUCCCUAAAGCUUACGGCGUCCACGCUUGGUAAAUAAUGUAAACUGUGAUCAACGACUUAUGUGUAAUAUAUAAUAACAAUUAAAU